AUGUUUUCAGACUUGAACUGCACAACAAAAAGGCAUCAUAAAACAUUUGCUCCCUGAUUCCACAUAACAAACAUCAGUUUUCCCGGGGAUCUAAGAGCUCUUAGGAAGCCAAGCUUUGAACAAUGAAGAGCUUUCUGGCUUUCUUUGUUGCAAUGGGCAUCAUUGUGACCCUGGGUGAUGCAGGCUGCUUUAGUGCAUUUAGAACGCCAGGUUGGCCCCAAAAAGGCUGUAUGAGGAAUGGAAAAAUCUAUCCCUUAGGAUAUAUUGAGAGGACAGAGGAUUGCCACGAUUGUCACUGUGACAAAGAUAGAAUGACAUGCUGUUACAACGGUCAACGUCCACAUUUUUACGACAAAGAGAAAUGUAAAGUCAUUUUCAACAGAAAGACCUGUCGCUCUGUUGUGGUGCAGAAGGAUGACCCCACUAAGAUUUGCGCCUUUGCUUCUGUGGGCUAACAGCUGCUCCAAACUUCUCUGCACUGUGGAACUGCUCUCCUUCCCACAGAUGUUUUGCAUUCACAGAGAAGCACCGCGACAUGGGAAGAUCUCCUAAAAGAGAGAACUUCAGCAGCUCGCUUUUAACCUCCUAAUUGUUAUAAUUCAGCUUAUAAAAUGCAUGAUCAGAUAGAGUGUCUCAUUGAUGCCAUUACUGCAUUUGUUGAGUACAAAAAAUUGGGAUGAAACAUUAAUACGUGCUUCAUACUGAUGAUUUGUUUCUUGCAGUGACAUGAGAAAUGCCUCCUUCUUUGAGAAAGAAAUGCAUUGGUCUCUCUACUUUGACAUGCUGUGCAUCAGUAGCCUGGCACAAGCCCCUGUCAUGCUGUACAGGCUCUCUUCCAGCCAGGAGUCAAAAUCCAUUAUCAGUUUGAAGUGAUGCACUAUUUGGGAGAUGCUGUGCAAUGGCUCCAAUUCGUGGUGUACAAGUUUGGGUCCUCCAGUGCUCUAGGCACCAACUUCGUCGGGUUAUCUGCUUAAAUGAGUGAAGCAGCUAAAAGUUGCUAAGGGUUAUUUAUUGCAGAAGCACAUCAUUCUCAAAAGGCACAGUCACAGACAGCAAAGUCCAUGCUGCGUUUUGGUAUGGAGUCCCAGACAGAAGCAGAAGCUGCCCUUGUCAGGGUCCCUAGAAGCUGAUGUUGCUGCGGCACCUCCUAUCUUCUUGGGUGUUGAGGAUGACAGCGAGAGAGCAAAGCAAAGCAAAAGCAAAUGGCAGUGGCAAAAAGCAGUAGCAAAACCAAAAAAGCAAAAAGCAAAAGCCCCAGCUCUCCCCAAUACAUAUUCCUAUAUAGAAUUUACUCA